UUACCAACACAAGUGUUUAUUGAAAGGCUGACAUGGGUGCACAGGAAGCUGACAGGGAAGAGCUUGAGGUGGGAGUGGGCUCUCAUCUCCUGGCCAGAUUCAUCUCUGACCAGCUCCUGGUCGAUCCUCAGGGAGCUGGAAGAGUGUCAGCGAAAUCAUGAGGGUGAUGAAGAUGAUGGCCAUAUCCGAGCCCAGCAGGCCUGCAUUGAGGCCAAGCAUGAUACAUCCAUGGCAGACAUGGAUGAGCUCUUCUCUCAGGUAGAUGAAAAGAGAAAGAAGCGAGAUAUCCCCGACUAUCUGUGUGGCAAGAUCAGCUUCGAGCUGAUGAGGGAACUCUGUAUCACGCCAAGUGGCAUCACCUAUGAUCAAAAGGGCAUUGAGGAGCAUCUGCAGCACGUAGGACACUUUGAUCCUGUGACCUGGAGCCCCCUGACCCAGGAACAGCUCAUCCCUAAUCUGGCUAUGAUGGAGGUCAUCGAUGAUUUCAUCUCUGAGAACGGCUGGGUAGAGGACUACUGAGGCCCACUGCUCCACCCUGCUUGAUAAUCCUGGCUCAGGAAGGUGCUGAGGCAGAAGCCCCAGUUCCUGUACAUAAUUUGUGUCGCUGUGCCUGCCCCCAUCAGUUCUGCUGGUGGGCUCUGGACUGCUACCCCUCUCAGCAUAGCCUUUGCCAGGCUGUGGGCCUCUCGUCUUCGUUCUGGGCUGGAAAAGCAGAUGGGGGUGGGGUGGGUGGAAGCUGCCAUUGCUGCCACUGUUCCUGUAAUAAAAUUUGUGACCAGUACAUGGGCA